AUGUUUGCUGCCCGUCGUCUCGUCACCAACCUCCCCCGCGCGCGCCCCCAGGCUGCCCUCUUCCACAGCACCGCGCCCGCUUUCGUCCAGAAGGGCGACCCCAUUCCCAGCUUGGACCUCGGCAAGGGUGUCAUCAUCGGUGUCCCCGCGGCUUUCAGCCCUGCCUGCUCCUCUUCGCACAUUCCGGGCUACAUCAACCACCCCAAGCUCAAGGAGGCCGGUCAGGUCUUUGUGGUUGCCGUGAACGACCCCUUCCACCAAGGCCUGGGCUGCCUCCUCGACCCCACUGGCAAGAGCGGUGUCCGCUUCCUGGGUGACCCCUCCGGCGAGUUCACCAAGGCCUUGGACUUGAGCUUCGACAGCAGCGCCAUCUUCGGCAAUGACCGCAGCAAGCGUUACGCUCUGCUGGUAGAGAAUGGAAAGGUGAAGCAGGCUUUCGUAGAACCCGACAACAUCGGUCUCAACGUCUCUGCUGCCGAGAAGGUGCUCGGUUAA